GCGCUGCCGGUCUUUCACUCGCGCUCCCGCUUUUCUUUCACCUGUUAAAGCAAGUGAGAGAGCACAUGUCAUUCGCCUGUGACCGUACUUUGUGAAUAUCUCAGCAUUUAACCCUGAACGGACCUGAAGGAAGUAACGUAAAUCUUCUCAAACUUAGUUUUUUUUACAGCUGUAGAAGGAUCUCUGACAUUCGCCAGGAUGCGCUUUUCCAACUGUAUGUGUGCCAUUUUCAUCGCGCUUUUCUACCAAGUGAGAUGUCUGGAUACUGUCAUCGGCCUGUAUGGAGAGACCAUUGAAGUGCCAUGCAACAAUGGAGCCCCGAAACAAAAGGACUUGUUCAUGAUCAAAUGGAAAUAUGACAAUGGAGACCUGCUGACCCAGCUUAAAGACCAAAACGUCUCUGUCAUGGCCUCCAAUGAGUACAAAGACCGUGUCAGCAUGGCUGAAAACUCCAGCCUGCUGAUUGCUGCAGCCACACUGAAGGACGAGAAGACAUUCACCUGCAUGGUGGUGGCCGGUUCUGACAUUUCAGAACACCCUGUCAAACUCCUCAUCCGCAAGGCUCCAACCAGACUGGUGAUCACAAACGCAUCCACAGAGCUGGAGAUUGGCAAACCAACGCAGCUUGGGCAGUGCAGUGCCCAUGAUGCACACCCAGCUGCUAACAUAACUUGGUACAAGAAUCAGAAACCUCUGGUUGCUGAUGGAAAGGCAUUAGGAUAACUUUCCAAAUUGGUGGUGGAUGAAACCACUGGCCUCACCACCACCUCCUCCAUUCUACAGUACACAGCUGAGAAGGAAGAUGCAGAUGCUUUGUUCACCUGCGGGGCUCUGAACACCUUGUCCCACCCAGUCUCCUUCACCAUUACCUACCCCACAGAGAAGAUCAGUCUGCAGGUUAUUUCAGAUGGGCCCCUCAUGGAAGGAGACAACGUGACUCUGAAAUGCAAGGCUGAUGGGAACCCACCUCCCACCAGCUUCAACUUCCACAUUCAGGGUAAGGAGGUGAAAGUGAAGAACUCUGACACCUACACAGUGACUGAUGUCACACGUGAAAGCACAGGAGAAUACAAGUGUUCUCUCAUCGACAAUGCUAAGAUGGAGGACUCCAAGAACAUUACCAUAAAUUAUCUAGAUAUGAGUUUGAGCCCGUAUGGAAAAGUCACAAAGAGUGCCGGUGAGGGCUUGGCUAUACAUUUGCAGACUGAUGCAUCUGGAAAACUUGAUUUGGUAACCUGGACUAAGGACAACAGCAAGCUGGACAAGCAGCCCAAGUUUAACAAGCUGACAUAUACUGACUCUGGAAAGUAUGAGGUUGUGGUCACCAUGGGUACUCUCAUCAAGAAAGCCUCUUUUGAGCUGAUUGUUGAAGGUGUUCCUGUAAUCCAGCGGCUGGUCAAGCAACGAGGUAAAGACAGCCAGCACAAAGUCCUGAUCUGCGAGGCUGAGGGCUCCCCAAAACCCACCGUGGCCUGGAGUGUCAACGGCACCUCGGCUGAUGAAAGUCCCUACAUCAAUGGGAAGAUAACACACAAGCUGACCAUUGUGCCCAUCUUCAACCUCACUGUUGUUUGCACUGUGUCCAAUGAGCUUGGCCAGGAUAGUAAAGCUAUUAACGUCUCCACCUUAUUUGAGGAGGUGAAAAUGGAUAAACAAGACUCAUCAGAAGACGAUGACACAACAAAGUUAGUGGUGGGGGUAGUUGUCGGCCUGCUCCUGGCUGCUGUAGUUGUGGGCCUAGCGUACUGGUUGUACAUGAAGAAAUCCAAGCAAGGCAGCUGGAAGACUGGGGAGGAGGAGGAUGGAUCUAAUGAGGAGAGCAAGAAACUGGAGGAGAAAAUAGAUGAGAAGCUGGAGGAGAACAGCCAGAAAGUUGAGGUGUAAUGAAAAGGAGUGUAAAGAGAAAAGGUGAGGAAGCGGCAUUUGGAAGCUUUUCUACACUUCUGGAAUUGAAUAAAGACCAUUCGGAUUCUGACUGAAAAACAUAAUCACCUAUGUUCUUUCCUCUCAAUAUGAAAAUACAAACAUAUAGGAAGGAUAUGUGUUGUAAAUACUGGAUGUCUAAAUUGUCUGCACUAUGGUUGAAAUAUGUAAACUUUCCUACUUUUUUGUUUCUUGCGUUUCUUUAGGAGCAUUUAGUCAAAUUGAGCAAAAUGCCAAUUAGAGUUUUUAGCUUGGAUUUAAAUAAUGUUAUUGCUUAAAGAAUUACUACUGGACCUGUUGCUUUUCCUGUAAGGAUGUGUACAUGCAAUAUCCUCUAUAAGUAUUGGGACAGUUAGGUCAAAAUAGCAAUUUUUGCUAUACAUUCCAGACAGAUGAACAUGAACAACUAUUGACAGAUGAACAUGAGGCAGAUGUACAGAAUGUCACCUUUUAUUUCUGUCUGUUUCAUCACAUAUAUUUUAUACCAACUAAGAAUGACUGCACAGUCAUCACUCCAUUUUAUGUGAGCAUUAGUGUUGGGAAAUUUGUCUCACAUGUGUUUCUAAUUGAUCCAGUGUUUCCGGCAUAGAUUUUUCACACAUAAAAGAUCUGUGAAUGUGUAGUCUCAGUUCCACCCUUUUGUUAUCAGUAGGCAUGAUCCAACAUGAAGACUAGGGAUCUGUCUAUGAAAGACAGAUGUGAAUUGGAUGCUAAAUGCAAGUGAUUUGGAUGCUAAAGUGAUUUGGAUGCUAAAGCAAGUGAUUUGGAUGCUAAAUGAAAAGUCAAAUUUAGCCUGAAAAAUCGAAUUGAGCCUGAUUUCAAUCCAAUUGAACCUGCAUUUUACUUGCUUAGGAGGAGACUGAACUUAGAAACUCCCCAAAACAAGCAACAGCUUAAAAUGGCUACAGUACAAGGCUUGUCAAAGCAUCUCAAAGGAUGACACCAUUUGGUGAUCCCAGACUCACUGAUGUUAUUGCACGCAAGGGAUUUGUAACUAAACACUAGUACUUGUAUUUGCUUGAAAAGUUGAAUUGUCCCUAUAGUUAUGCAUGGAGUGGGAGCGUAGAACUCUGAAAGUUAUUCUUAGUUGGUAAAACAUAAGAGUUGGAACAGACUGAAAUAAAAGGUCUCUAAUUUUGCGUUGUAUUUUCAAAAGCCUUGAUUGUAAAGCAAAAAUAUAUAUUUUUUCCUAUUCCAUAUAGAAGGCACUAGAAGUCUAUGUCCCCAGACAUUCAAAGCAUCCGGAGGAUGUGGACGUCUUCACUGCUGUUACUUUUCAGUUCUGUAUUAUCACAACCAAACAGCUCUUCUCUCACAGUCAAUACAUUUUGUCAGUGUUAUGUAUUAAAGAAUGUAUUGGGAAAAUAAUCAGUUGAUCAUUUUAAUUAAAGGGCUAAGGGUGUAGGUUACAUUCACAGCUUUGGUUGUACGGUAAUGUAAGUUAGUUGCAGGUCUGUUGUACAAAUUAUUUCAUGAGAUGUUACAUGGAUCCUGUUUUGUUUUGUACAUUCGGCUCUCAAACAUGUCAGGAGAUUGAGGGAUGCUGUUAGGCAUGAAUCACAUUCUGAGUAUGUUUGUGUGUUCAGUGUCAUGUUUAGUUUGGACCACUGCAAAACAGAAUGUAUUACUUAAGUUUUGUUCAAUGUUGAGUGUUUAUUUCUGUGCUCUAAUGUAAUUUUGUGUGGCAAGAGACAAGUUGUCCAGCAGUUGUACACUUCAAAACCUAGGUCAUGGUUUAUGAGCAGCAUUCGCAGACCCUGUAAAUAUAUCAGACCUGGAGUCAUUUGUAAUUUGUUUUGUUAUUUUUUAUUUAUUUUAAGAUUGCAAGGUUGGCAUCUCAUUUAGUUAUAAUCAAUUAUUCUCAGAUCAAUUAUUCUCACCACUAAGCUUAAAAGGUACUGAACAAUUGAUAGUAAUUACUUGCAGGUAUUACACUAGACAAAAAUAAUUAUAUGAGCCUUCUGUGGAUUUCUAUGGUAUUUCAGACUGUCAGCUUGCAGUCUUUUUGCUACGUUGUAGUUCAUGUGAAAUCCAUGAAAUUGGAAAUAAAACCAAAGAGGGUGAAUACUGCCAGGCAAGUAUUGUAAAUACUGACUUUUGUUUUUGUACUUUUGUUUAAAAUAAAGUGUACAUUUUGAAGAAUCUG